AUGCCAUUGAGAGAAUAUGCAAAUAAGGAAGAACUAACAAGAUCAGUUCACGCACUAGUUUUUGACGGUGACAUUGCACCAGUACUGUACCGAGUUAGAACGCUAUUUGGCAACGGCGCGAAAUUAGAGUCAGUGCAUUUUGAAGUACCACUUCCAGAUAGGUUGGAUCUCAUGAUUGUGACCCUUGACCCAUAUGCUAUUAAUAUUACAUCCGGAAAAAGAGCAGUAACGGUCAAAUACGCUGACGGAGGAGUAAAAGCUCCGCAAACAGUAGAGCAGGUUUAUCAAUUGCAAUUAUCACCAACUUUGGGAUUCGUUGUGAGCAUCGAAAAUAAAACCGCCAUACGUAUUUGCAUGCAAGGUCAUCGCCAAUUAGUAACAAUCACCCUAAAUCGAAUGGAAGCCCCUAGCGAAUUUCGCAAUCUACAAGCUAACUCCUUUAUAGUAGCUCCAUUUCGCGCUCGGCAACUAGAUUAUAUGAUAUUUGCAUGUCAACCGCGUAAUUCUGCCGAAUUUAAGAGCCCUGGAGAAGUUUUGAAUUUCCUAGAACCGCUCUAUAGCACUGCAUGUGGAGCAAUUUUAGCAGCCAUAAAAGAUGCAACGGAUACGACUUCCCACCCGACAACGUGGACAUCACCGGAUCUAAAUGCGUUUCCCGUCUUAGCCGUAUUCCGUCUCCCCAUAAGUAAAAAAUCCGGCUGGGCCGUGGGACACGCAAUCAGAGGAGCUUAUAUGGCCGAUUUCAUGGAUGGCCAGAUUACGCAAAUCGAGAUGGGUGAGGAGAAUUUCCAGAUGGAGAAGAAUAUCAGUAGCAACUUCACUUCAUACCUUGGAGGAACGAGCAAACCCCGUCCUCGAGAUGCUGGAGGCGUCGGUCUUGUCAUCACUGUUCCGUCCCGGUACACUCGAUGGAAAUCCGUCAGAGCCCUACUGGCCGGAGAUAUUGAUCUUGAGGGAACUGACAACCCCAAUCAG